AUGGCUCGUCUUCCCCCCGCCGAGAAGCUCCCUCUUGCUGUCCGCAAGAACAUCCGGGAUGGCUGGGAGAAUAAGAAGGAGGAGUGGGAGAAGAAGCUCUCAGAUCUCCUUGGAGAAUCAUGGACCAUCGACAUUGACCCCAAGGCCCUGUACCCUUAUGCCGAGGCAGACUCGUGGGCAUCCACUUCUCUUGGUGACUGCAUCAAUGGUUACGUUGAGGGCGUCGAGUAUCAGAUGAGAUACUUUAUCGACUCCAACGGAGGAGAUGGCCCCAAGGCCGAGAUCAACAACAUCUGCUCGGCCCACGUCCUCACCAUGGACUUUGACGAGGAAAACACCGUCUCCUACUGCGGCCCCAAGGUGACUGACGAUGGCAAGCUCGUCAUCCUCUUCACCCAGGGCAACCUGGGCACAAACACCAGCUACGCCGCCGAGAGCGGCAAGCUCAUCAAGGCCCUCAACGAGGGUCCCACCGGCGACAGGCCCAUGAGCUACAUCGCCCGCGCCUCCAUCAGGAACGACUACGAGAAGGAGCUCCCCGAGGUCCAGAAGAAGCUCAACAAGAUCUUUGGCAAGGACGUCGCCAUCGUGCCCAACUUUGAGGACAACUUUAACAAGCUCAAGGCUGACUCCAACGCCCAGGAUGGCUGGGAGGACAUCUUUGGUCGAACUCACCUGUCGUACCUGCAGGGUCUGGUCUCUGACCUUGAGUACCAGAAGUUUGACCAGGACGAGAUGCUCCAGGAGGGUCUCGUCGAGGCUGUGGAGGAGAGCGCUGUUCACGUCCGUGUCGUGAGCGAGCUAAAGAGAUCUUAUAACGAGACUGUCAUUGAGGGUGGCAUUCUCUAUCUUCAGACCAUCCCCAAGGACUUUGGCGUCAACGCCCACAGUAUCGCCAACGAGCUGAUCAACCUCCUGUAA